AUGCCUAAUUUCACGGAUGUGACAGAAUUUACCCUCCUGGGGCUGACCUGUCGUCAGGAGCUACAGGUUCUCCUUUUUGUGGUGUUCCUAGCGGUUUACAUGAUCACUCUGCUUGGAAAUACUGGUAUGAUCAUUUUGAUUGGCAUCAGUCCUCAGCUUCAGAGCCCCAUGUACUUUUUCCUGAGUCAUCUGUCUUUUGUGGACGUGUGCUUCUCCUCCAACGUUACCCCCAAAAUGCUGGAAAACUUAUUAUCAGAGACAAAAAGCAUUUCCUAUGUGGGAUGCUUAGUUCAGUGCUACUUUUUCAUUGCGCUUGUCCACGUGGAGGUCUAUAUCCUGGCUGUGAUGGCCUUUGACAGGUACAUGGCCAUCUGCAACCCUCUGCUUUAUGGCAGUAAAAUGUCCAGGACUGUGUGUGUUCGGCUCAUCUCUGUGCCUUAUGUCUAUGGAUUCUCUGUCAGCCUAAUAUGCACACUAUGGACUUAUGGCUUGUACUUCUGUGGAAACUUUGAAGUCAAUCACUUCUAUUGUGCAGAUCCUCCUCUCAUCAAGAUUGCCUGUGGGGGAGUGCACAUCAAAGAAAUCACAAUGAUUGUUAUUGCUGGAAUUAACUUCACAUAUUCCCUGUCAGUGGUCCUCAUCUCCUAUACUCUCAUUGUAGUAGCUGUGCUACGCAUGCACUCUGCCGAUGGCAGGAGGAAGGCAUUCUCCACCUGUGGGUCCCACUUGAUGGCUGUUUCUAUGUUUUAUGGGACCCUCAUCUUCAUGUAUCUCAGGAGACCCACUGAGGAAUCCAUAGAGCGGGGGAAAAUGGUGGCCGUGUUUUACACCACAGUAAUUCCUAUGUUGAAUCCAAUGAUCUACAGUCUGAGAAAUAAGGAUGUGAAAGAAGCAGCCAACAAAGCAAUCACCAAGACAUAUGUGAGGCAGUAA